GGUUAUUGUCUUGUGGGGCUGUCCUGUGCUAUAGGAUGUUUAGCAGCAUCUCUGGCCUCUACCCACUGCUAAAUGCCCCCGGGUGGGACAGCGCCCUCCCCAGGUUAACCAUGUGUGCCACCUUUGCGUUGUGAGAAUUUUAGCAUUUUAUUGUUUUUGAAGACACUGCCUGUGGGGCCUUCAGCUUGGAGGCCCCUGGCGUGGCCCGCCAUUGAGGGAGGGCUGUUUUCUUCCUAGGCUCUGGCCCUGAUAAAAGGCUUUAUUUACAUAGUAAAACUCAAACAAAUACUUGCUUCAUCCACAGUUUUGUAGCUGGAGAGAGGAAAUCGGAGCCGGAACUGCAGAGAGCUCUGCGUUUUACAGGCAUCCAGCGGGGCUGCUGGGUAAGGGCUGUCUCUGGGUUGAGUUUUAAGUGCAGGGGAUCUGACGUCCUGUCCCGGGAGUGGCAUUGUUGGAAUCUGAAGUGCCUGUGUGAAGUGCCACCAGACUCCCACUGCAGGUGGCCACGCCGACCUGGAGCUUCACAUUUUACUGGGGCUGGAAAACACACACAACCCGCUUCUCCAGGCUGCUGUGGGGAAGCGAGCAGAACAAUGCCUGUGUCCUGAGAAAGUGCCAGCCUUUGACCUGUUUGUAUUUCAGGGCCUGCACCUGGAUGCGGGACUCUCAGGACCUGCGAGUUGAAGAAGGAAGCAAAGCCGCAGCAGUGGACAAGUUGCUGGCUGGAGACGAGAUCGUGGGCAUCAACGACGUCGGUCUCUCGGGGUUUAGACAGGAAGCGAUUUGCCUGGUGAAGGGCUCCCACAAGACGCUGAAGCUGGUGGUGAAAAGGAGAAAUGAGCUCAGCUGGAGGCCUCACUCCUGGCAUGCCACCAAGUUCUCCGACAGCCACCCCGAGGCGCCCGCCUGUCCGCUGUCCUCCGGCGCCUGCCCAUCCUGGCAGGGCCGACACCACGUGAGCUCUUCCUCCCAGGACCUGUCGGGCGCCUGGGAGCCCACGAACCUGCAGCGCAGCUCGGACCACUUCAGCUCCCUGGGCAGCGUGGACAGCCUGGACCAGCCCGCCCAGCCCUACCCCUCGGGGCGCCUGUCGGCGGCCAAGUCCAGCAGCAGCAUCGACCAUCUGGGCGGGCCGAGCAAGCGGGACUCGGCCUACGGCUCCUUCUGCACCAGCUCCAGCACCCCCGACCACACGCUGCCCAAGGCCGAUGCGUCCUCGGCCGAGAACCUGCUGUACAAAGUGGGCCUGUGGGAGGCGUCCCGGCCCGGCGGCAGCCGGCAGGACCCACCGGGCCUGGAGGAGAGGCUGGGGUACGGCCCCCCCAGGGGCCCCCGUGAGAGCAGCAGGAGCCCCAGGCCGGAGGACGCCCCCGAGCCCAGGCCGCCCACCUCGGGGAGGUCCAGCUUUGGGCCCGUCUGGCACGUCCCCGAUAAGAAGAAAGCACCUGCGUCGCCGCCGCCGCCGCCGCCCCCGCUGCGCAGCGAUAGCUUCGCUGCCACCAAGAGCCACGAGAAGGCCCAGGGCCCCGCGCUCUCCGAGGCAGCCUCCGCCCAGCACCUGCCGGGCCUGAGCCGGGCCCAGAGCGCGGGAAAGACGGGGACAUCGGAGCCGCCGCAGAGGCUCGGGACCUUUGCGGAGUAUCAGGCCUCAUGGAGGAAGCAGGGCAAAGGCCCUGAGGCCCGCGGCGCGGGCAGGUACCACUCCGCCGACGACAUCCUGGAGGCGGGCCUGGACCAGCGCGAAAGGCUGCGCUAUGUCCACGAGAGGUCGCGGUCGUCGCCGUCCACAGACCUCUACCAACAGGUGAGCAUCGCCCCGGAGCUCGGGCAGGUGUAG